UUUCGCUGGAGUGAGGGUAACUAUCGUUACCACCAAACACCAGAUUCACAUUGCACUGGAUCAUCCGUUCAUUGAUCGUCCAUUCGCAUCUUGACAAGCAUGGAUUCUGCCACCGACGAAAGCUGGGCAUGUCCAGAAUGCACGCUACUCAACAACCUUGUGGCGGAAGCCUGUGAAGCCUGCGGGACCACGAGCCCCCUCGUGUUAGCCGCCCUCGCCCAGGCCGAAACCACCGAGCGCAGUCGAAAGGGGUCGGAGGAGUCGGAGACGUCGUCGAAGCCGUCGCGGGGGUCGUCUAUGGACGAAGACUUCAAGAAAGCCGUGGAUUUGGAUCCGUGGUCCCAAGCUGAAGACGAAUGGGCCCGCGUGGAAGCCACCCAAGCCACCAAGGCACCUAAAUCGCGCAAGUAGCGAGUUUUCGUUUUACAGCUUAACGUUGCAACAUUCCACGACAGCUACGUGCAAGUAUGUACAAUGUACUACGCCGUAGCGGCGUCUAUGUUAGCUUGCUUCUGUUCUUUACCACACAAAUCCAGCGAGCGAUAUGGCAACCAAAUAAGUACAUACAAC